AUGCCAUUAUUACAAGGUUAUGAAUAUCCUAUUGAAGAUUUGCAACCACUACAUGAUUUGCUAAAAAGUUGGAAAUUAGGAUUUCUGUAUCAAACGUUACUCGAUGAAUUAAUUGAUAUUCAAGUUCUAGCAGUUAUGAAAUCGGUUCAAGUAUAUGAACUUCUCAAUAAAUUUCCAUUAGGAAUUAAAAUAAAAUUUAGUAAUUACUUAGAAAAUUGGCAAAACGUUCAGAAUGGAUCAUCAAAUAAUAAGUUGGACACUGCAAUACUACCAAAAAAUACAAAGUCCUUCGUUCAAGAAGAACGUGUUGUUGAUAUUAAUAUAAAUAUGGGUGAUAUAUUAACCUCAUCUACUACUGGAUCAAUGAUUAUUGAUUAUUAUAAGAUAAACAAUAAGUUAAAUGACAAUAUAAGAUCGUUAUUAGUGGAGACUGUGAUUAGUUAUAUUAUAACGACAAAAAAACAAAUGUCAGUUAAUUUAGCUGACUAUAUUGGGAAUCAAAUAAUUGCAAUGUUUCCAUCUGAAGUAAAAGAUACAUAUUUUAUGAAACAUGAGACAAAUAAAAACCCUAAAGGUAAACUACUAAACUGUAUGCAAAAUUUUACAAUUCUAUGA